GCGACAAAUUUUUGACAACACAAACUCACCACUAGCACUUCCUUUCUGAAUCGUUGUGUGGUGAAAUCAAGAUGAGUUCCCUCAAGUUACAGAAGAGGCUCGCCGCCUCGGUGAUGGGAUGUGGCAAGAAGAAGGUGUGGUUGGAUCCCAAUGAAGUCAAUGAGAUCGCUAACACCAAUUCCCGCCAAAACAUCCGGAAACUGGUCAAGGAUGGUCUGAUCAUCAAGAAACCCGUGGUGGUGCACUCCAGAUAUCGUGUGCGCAAGAACACCGAGGCCAGAAGGAAGGGACGCCAUUGUGGUACGGGUAAGAGGAAAGGUACAGCCAAUGCCCGUAUGCCGGUCAAGUACCUCUGGAUGCAGAGGAUGCGUGUGCUGAGGCGUCUGCUGAAAAAGUACAGGGAUGCCAAGAAGAUCGAUAGGCAUCUGUAUCAUGAUCUGUACAUGAAGAGCAAGGGUAAUGUCUUCAAGAACAAGCGUGUUCUUAUGGAGUACAUCCACAAGAAGAAGGCCGAGAAGCAGCGCACCAAGAUGCUCAAUGAUCAGGCCGAAGCUAGGAGACAGCGUGUCCGUGAGGCCAGGAAGCGCCGUGAGGAGCGCAUUGCCACUAAGAAGCAGGAACUCAUGGCUCUCCAUGCUAAGGAAGACGAAGCUGCUGCUGCCUUGGCCUCAUCGUCCAGGAAGUAGAAAAUCCAAGCCUGAAUAAUAAAGCUCUUUUUCCGAGUAAAAA